AUGGUCAGAAACAUUGUCGUGUUCGGGGGCUCGUCCCAUCCAACCUUGACAGAAACCAUCUGUGAGAUCCUCGGGAUUGCACCUGGCCAAGCUCUCUUCUCGAAAUUCGCGGUUGGAGAGACCAGAGUGGAGAUCGGCGAGUCAGUUAGAGGAAAAGAUGUCUAUAUCAUACAGUCAGGUGGUGGGAAAGUCAACGACCACUUUGUCGAACUUCUUAUUGCCAUCUCGGCGUGCAAGACGGCCUCUGCAAAAAAGGUCACUGCUGUGCUUCCACUAUUCCCAUAUUCUCGACAGUCGGACAUACCCUACAACAAGAGUGGUGCGCCUCUAGUCAAGGCAUCGAAUGCGUCCAACAAGCUGGUUCCUGAUUCGAACGGCUACACGUUUGACAGCAUCCCGCCAACUCCACAUCCAGACAAAACCGAGAGCCAAGGCCUCGCGAACGGACAUCCCUUGCACAAAGCAACCUCAAAGUCGCAGCUCGAUGAGGUAGAAAACAGCCCAACCUACCAGGCCCGUUUCAGUCACUACCGUGACCGUGAUACAAGCUCCCAUUCAUCAACAAAGUCGGAAUACUUUCCAUCCCAGCGAAAGCGAGGAGACUCCACGGCUUCAGCCACGAACGGCAUUGCCAAUUAUGACUUCGCUCUACCACCGAAGAUGGAUCCGCAAGACACUUUCAAACCUCGCCCCGGUUAUCGACAAUGGGUCGCUCAGGCAGGUACUCUCGUGGCAGAUCUCUUGACCUGCGCUGGUGCGGAUCAUAUCAUCACUAUGGAUCUUCACGAUCCUCAAUAUCAAGGGUUCUUUGACAUUCCUGUCGACAAUCUCUAUGGACGGCCGAUUCUGAAAAAGUACAUCCAGCAAAACAUUCCAGAUUACAGAAAUGGAGUGGUCGUUAGUCCCGACGCUGGAGGUGCUAAACGAGCAACCGCAAUCGCCGAUUCCUUGGGAAUCGAGUUCGCACUGAUUCACAAAGAGCGGAGACCUACCAAAAUCACCGACCGGCAGAAUGCGACUAUGAUGCUUGUUGGCGAUGUUACCGGCAAAGUCGCCAUUCUUAUCGACGAUCUGGCCGAUACGAGUAACACGAUCACUAGAGCGGCGAAACUUUUGAAGAAAGAAGGUGCCAGCAAAGUCUAUGCGUUGGUGACACAUGGCGUUCUGAGUGGAGACGCAAUCGAAAGAAUCAAUGCCAGCGCAUUGGAUAAGGUCAUUGUCACCAAUACAGUGGAUCAGUCUCACCACGUCAGGAGAUGCCCCAAGCUCGAGGUGCUCGAGGUCGGUCACGUCUUUGCCGAGGCAAUUCGACGGGUGCACUAUGGCGAGAGCAUCAGUGUGCUAUUCCAAUAUGACUAG